UCUCUCUCGCUAUAUAUGUUGUCUUGAUAGUUACAAUCUCACUUUAUCUUUAAUUUGUUUCUCAUUAUAGCUCUUCUGACCUCUGUUUUCUUAAAUACACUUUUUUAUUAAACCAUCUCUUUCUAGCCUUUUUAUUUAAAACAAAAUUUAUCUUAGAUUUUCUGUACAAUUCAAACUCAAAUCAAGAAACUAGACCCAGAUGGGUGCUUCAGGAAAAUGGGUAAAAUCUUUAAUUGGACUCAAGAAACCCGACAAAGAUGACCAGGAAAAAAGUGGGGGAAAGAACAAGAAAUGGAAGCUAUGGAGGAGCUCAUCUGGUGAUUUGGUAUCAUCAGCUUGGAAGGGGUUUAAAGGAAAUCAAUACCAUAGAUCUCUUACUUACUCGGAUGGUUCAGAUUCACCAUCGCUUAAUGGUAGUGAUCCUGCUUUCACCGCUGCUGUUGCUACUGUAAUUAGAGCUCCUCCUAAAGAUUUCAAGGUUGUGAGGAAAGAAUGGGCUGCUAUUCGGAUUCAAACCGCAUUUCGUGGAUUUCUGGCAAGGAGAGCUUUAAGGGCUUUAAAAGGAGUUGUAAGGAUUCAAGCUUUAGUACGUGGCAGACAAGUGAGAAAGCAAGCUGCUGUGACUCUAAGAUGCAUGCAGGCUCUUGUUCGUGUUCAAGCAAGAGUCAGAGCUCGUCGUGUGCGUAUGUCUUUGGAAGGGCAAGCUGUGCAGGACAUGUUAAAUGAACGUCGAAGCAAUGCUGAACUCCUGAGGGAAGCUGAGGAAGGGUGGUGUGAUAGCAGAGGAACACUACAAGAAGUCAAAGCAAAAAUACAAAUGAGGCAAGAGGGAGCUUUCAAGAGAGAAAGAGCCCUUGCCUAUUCUCUUGCUCAAAAGCAGUGGAAAGCCUUUCAAAAUGCUGACUCACGGACUAAUAUAUCAAUGGCAUCCCACAAAAAUGAGUUCAACAAAAAUAGUUGGGGCUGGAGCUGGUUAGAGCGUUGGAUGGCAGCAAAGCCAUGGGAAAAUCGAUUAAUGGAGAAAGUCCAAUCAGACUCCUCAGAAAUGACCCCACCACCUAAAGCCUAUGCGGACAACAUCAAAAGCGACCUUGCAAAAUCAUCUGAACAAUACUCGGUGAAAAUCAGGAGAAACAAUGUGACCACUAGGAUUUCAGCUAAACCUCCUCUGAUUGGACAAACUACUCGCUCAUCUUCAAGUCCAAGCUCUGAAUUUCGCUAUGACAAGAGCUCAGCUUCAUCUUCAUUCUGCACAUCAACAACUCCUCUUUCGGCAAACACAAACAUGGCAUCAGACAGAACAGAUGACAACAACAAUGUCAGUAAGCCAAGCUAUAUGAACCUGACUGAAGCAGCCAAGGCAAAGCAAAGAAAUACCUCUCAUAGAUCCAUGUCACGAGCCGAGGAUGAGUUUCAGUUUCUCAGGAAAUCAGCAGUAUUCAGCGAUGAAGAUUCAAAGGGCAGUGCUGGGCCUGAACCUUCUCUCGUCAACAUGUCCAGAUUACUAUGCAAACCUGCCUCUCGAGUGGACAGAAGUUCGACGAAACUUAAGGGAUAGAGCAAACUUUUUCCUUCAACUUAAGGUCAUCAUGUUUAUGUGUUUUCUGUAUGUUCAACAACUUGUUGUUCUAUGUAUGUGAGAUAACUAGUUCGUUAAAAAACUUUGUUUGUAGUAACUUGAUCAGCAUGAAUUGUAUGUUAUGAGUGUUAAGAAAUGUCGAAAAGAUUGUUCGUGUUCAGAA